AAAAUAUAUACUCAAACUAACAGUGUUACCAUGUGAAAUAUCAGAAACAUGUGAAUUAUAAUAAUACUUAAGCAUAAUCAAUUAACACAAGUACAAGUAGCAAGACACAAUUUUAAACAUGAAACAAAUCAUGUAAAACUAAUGAAACAUUAUCAACAUUAAAAUUUGAAUGGCACAAUGAGCACGAGCGUGGCGCGACUACUUUUCAAAACAGCACCUUACCCACAAUAUUUUGCUCUUCAAAUCCGAAGUAAAAUAUGCGAUCAAACUGAAAGAUACAAAGAGAAGGAUGAAGUUAAAAAAACAAAUUGUUUUGAUCAGGUUAAGGCCUUACAUGACAGGGACACACAUCCUGUAAGCCAUGUCAUCAUGGACUUGGAUGGUGUCAUUCUUGACUCCGCUCGUUACAACGCAAUUGCACAUGAAGAGUAUCUGAUGAAAUGGAAGAAACAUUUAAAAACUGUGACUAAGUAUAAAAUAUUGGGUCUGCGUAAUGUGGAUGCAGGGAAUAUCAUAACGUAUGAAUAUGAUAUGCCAUUUGAUGGUAAUGUGUAUGCACAUGGGGUAUGGCAAAUUCAAAGAACUUUGUACCACCAGUCAAAAAUAGUGAGAGGAAUCGAUGAUGUUGUUUGUUAUUUCCUGCAGCAUAAGAUGCCUGUAGCACUAAUCUCAAGUGUACACACAAAAGCUUUCAAAAUACUUCACUCCAAGUUGCAUGGUUUCGAAAAAAACUUUUGCCACAUUGUACAUGCGGAUGAAGUUGUAGAGGGUAAACCUAAACCUGAAAUUCUCAUCAAAGCAGCAAGGUUGUUUCAUGAUGGGCCUCGGAGUUUAAAUAAGUAUUUGGUCAUAGAUAGCAGUUACCAGGGUGCAUUAGCAGCGAAAGCUGCAGGUAUGCAAGUAAUUUUGUGCACGGAUGAGCAUAUGCCAAAGGACAUGCAAGCAGCUGCUAAUGUUGUAUUACACCAUAUGGAUGACUUUGAUCCGACUGAAUUCCAUUUGCCAGCUAAGAAGAAAUAAUAAAAAUGUAAAAUUGUGUCUUAUGUUUCAAUAAAAUGUGUCAAUCAAGUAAUUUAGAUGUUUCUA